ACUUGUGGUGCCUCGGCAUCUUCUGUUACGAACUACUUGUGGGGAAGACGCCGUUUGUAAGCAAGGACACAGAGAACAUUUGCAAGAAGAUUCACGCAAUGCAGUACACCAUCCCCGACACAGUGCCACCGGAGGCGAAGGAAUUGAUUUCAAGUCUCUUGUUGCGUGACGGGGGCAAACGUCUUGCGUUGCACCGCGUGGUCAAUCACCCCUUUCUGCUUAAGUAUUACUAUCUUCCAAACGGCAUCCAGCCACCAAGAGGGAAGCGCAUGCGGGGUGCCGCGGACGUCUCGGGCGGAAAGGAGAACUAA